GGCUGGGAGUACUGUUGGUAGUCCUGCGAACCGUCCUGUGACGAGGGACCCCAAGGGCGGGCACCGUCGGAACCCUACCAUACGGUAGGAGCGCAGCAGGUCUGGUCUGUGGUAGACUCUGGAGGAGUACGAAAAGUGCUCGAUCAGUCCGCCUCUCAGCCUCUGUAGGUCCCGUGGCGUUUUGGUUGGUUGCAGGAUUUUCUAUUCUACCCAGGUGAGAAUGAAAAUCCCUUCAUUGGGAAUCGGGGAUGUUUUCUCACGCUUUGCGACGGCGAAGGCUGAAUGAGGGCAUGUAAGAGGCGUGAUGGAGCAAGAGGUGUACUGGUGGGAUAUAUUGGCGGUGCAGAGCUAACUACACGAGAAAAAGAGGCACACAGAACGAUAGGAGGGUAAGGACGGAGGCAUAAUAGAUACUGAUGGAGGAACUGGGUAGCGCGAGAGAAUCUUGAUCGUUUGCCAGUGGUUUGGAGUGUGUGUGUGUGUGUGUGUGUGUGUGUGUGUGUGUGUGUGAGAGAGAGAGAGAGAGAGAGAGAGAGAGAGAGAGAGAGAGAGAGAGAGAGGCGUAUUAGAAAGAGGGCUAUGCGAAGGGCAGGGCGAAAGGCACGAGUGUCGAGCAGCGAGAGGUACGGAGUGAUGCAGAGGCACACUGACCUGGGGGGUCAGUGGGGGAAAAGCAUGGAGAGAGGCAUGGACUGAGAGGAAGGUUAGAGAGGGAGGAGGUGAAGCGACCUCUGUGCGGUGUAUGCACAGAGGCGGGAACGAUAUCAGGACCCGGUCUGCUUACCCUCAGAUAGCGCCACGGAAUGUCCGCGACGCCACCGAAUGUCCUGAGCGCGUAGAGGAGGCGCCGCCCAUCUGGACGAUUGGACCUUCAUGCGUUCCUCUCUUAUUUUCUGUUGAGCACUGACGGCACGUCAUUUGCGAAGGAAAUCGCAUGCCGUCUUCAUCGCCAAGUCUAUUGGCGACUACGUGCCCUCUCCGUCAUCAUCAUUAUUACAGUGACAACACUUGUGACCAUCAUCAUCAUCAUCAUCAUCAUCAUCACCAUAGGCGUUGGCGGGUCGUUUGUCCUCCGAACGAUACAGGUCAUCUGGACUGAUACCAACCCGUCGUUACUCAGUGCCCACUCAUUCCCCGGACUAGCUAUCGGCUGAACAAUUGAAUCCGAACUGAAGGCGGCUACCAUGUCCCACUUCGGGCGGUCUGGCCCGCCGGAUAUCCGGGACACCUAUUCCUUGCUGGUCCUGAAUAUCACAUUCAGAACAAGUGCCGAUGACCUAAUGCCCCUCUUCCAGAAGUAUGGUAAAGUCGUCGACAUCUUUAUACCCAGAGAUCGAAGGACGGGCGACUCACGGGGUUUUGCGUUUGUGCGGUACAAGCACGCGGACGAGGCGUUUAAAGCUAUUGAUCGUCUCGACGGAAGAGUGGUGGACGGAAGGGAGAUUGUUGUGCAGUAUGCCAAGUAUGGAAGGAACAAUGAGACGAUUCAACGAGGUAGAAUAACGCAGAAUACACCUGGCUUUGGGAGCCGACCACGGAGCCGAAGUCCUCGUAGAUAUGGAGGGGGUAGAUAUAUGGUUGAUCACCGAGAUCGGGACCGCGAUCGGGAUAGGCACUACUCGGAACGCGAUCGAGAACAUGAUCGCGUGGACCGUGGCGACCGGAUGGACAGGGAUGGACGGGAUCGGAUGGAUUGGGGGAAUGAUAGGGUGGAUCGCUCAGAACGUGGUGAUCGAUCGGACCGCAGUGACCGCAUGGAACGAAGUGAUCGCAUGGAUCGGGAUCCUGCUUCUAGGGAGCGGAUGUAUCGGGAUAGCGAUUCACAAAGAGGAAGCCGCGGGGCCCAUGAACGUGAGCGGGACUUGAGUAGUCGUCGCCGGGACCGUGACAGGCAUGCAAGCCGGAGUUGCAGCCGGGAACGCAACGAUCGUUAUCAGUAUCGCAGCCGGAGCCGAUCAGCAGAGAAACCGCGAGAUUCCGGAUAUUCUCCACGUGCACGACCAAGCCGGUCGCGGUCACCUAUAGUUGGGAAGUCCAAGUUUGACAGAGAACGUGCAUCAAGCAGGGAACUGGAUCCAAGUCGAAGUCGGAGCAGAUCAAGGGAGCGUCCACUUGAAACGGAGAGACAGAAUGGAGACUCUGGGAUUCCUGCUGACAAUACCAGGCAUUCACCAUCCCCCCGUCGAAGAAGUCUGUCUUCCAAGGAAUCAGAUCGAGAGGACUGAGUGGCAUGUGAUGCGCCCGACGUGAAAUGGAGAAAUAUUUGCCAUAACUGGCUUGCUGUGCCUGAUUGCAGUCGUUGGAGAUCCCUGUUCUUGUUACUCUGGUGGAAUGGAGGAAGCAGGUGGAAAGCAUUGCAGUCAAGUCUCUGGCAGGGGCAAAGGAUGGGGGAGAAGUUGCUGUGUCACGUGAUCAGCAAUAUUGUAGUAUGUUGAUAUUAAAGAUGCAUUUCUCGUUGGCUGCAAUUUGUCCUUGAGGGAGCAAUCAUUCUGGUGUUGCAGCAUCUUGGCUAGUGCAUUUGUAGGCGAAAUCCCACAGGAUUUCCAAGACUUAUCAGGUACUUCCUUUUGCAAGGCUUACUGUGAGUAGAGUCCAAUGUCAGUGGCCUUGGCUUGAUUGUAAGGAAUAGGGCAAGAGGUAGGUUUGGACCUGGAAUGCUGCGUAUGCGUGUACAUUCCAUUCUCGAAGUAUGCUUAUUAGGGUUUUCACAGUGGAUCUCUGUUUGAACUGGAACUAUAACCCCAUGAGUUGGUUUUCUGUACGGUACAGAUCCCCUUUCCCGAAAGCACGUGGUAUUUUGCUUCAAACUGGGGACGCAAUCUGGAGUAGUUUGUUGAAGAGCAGCGAUUAUGGUGUGGCUGUGAUUGUGGUUCAUUGUUUUUUCGUGUCUCUGGUUUGCCUGCUUUUCUCCUGCUGCCCUCUAUCCCCCAAAAUGCUUGUCUGCUGGUUUCAAACUGCUCUUGUUCAGAAAAUCUGGGAGAUUGGGAAGGGUAAUGUGUAGGGUUGGUGCAAAAACAGGGAUUGUAUGCCCACCCUCAGAUAGUGACAUGGGUGAGUUGGAGGGGGCAGGAAUGUGUCAGGGGGGGUUGGGUAAGUGUGGACGGAGAGCUGUGGGGGGGGAAAGGCAAGGGGGAUGUUCAGACUCUUGGUUUCCUUUCAGUUUUCCAACAUGUUGGAGAAUUUUGGCUCGUUGUUUGAUACAGCGUGCUGCUGAGGUCGGGUCGUGUUCAGUGCUGUACGGGGCCGUGUUGGAUCAUGUUGCGGUCGUGAAAGAGAAAUUGCUGGUAUGUGCUGUUUGAAGGGAGUGAGAGGGAUCUGCUGAAGUCGGCCGUUGCUGAGUACUUUCACCCGGAUGGUGCCAUUUAAAGGUGUGGGCUGUACCUGCAACUUGCAUUGGCUCAAUACACAGGUGCUUACCGCUGGAGGUAGAUCGUUCGGACUGUCUAACAACGGGAUGGGGGUCGUGUGCUGCUGCUGAGGUGGGGUCGUGGUCAGUUAUCAUGCCGUGAUUCUUACCUCCAUCGCAGUGGUUGUGCGAAGGAGAGGCUCUGCUCGUGUACAGCAGGUUUGCUUUCCUCCCAGGGCACUUUCUCACAUUCCUGUUCUUCUGCUGUGCUGUGUUCACACAUGAAGCAUGACUGUAAGCCUUUGUGCAUUACUUAAGUAGCUUGUGCAGAUCUGUUCAUUUAUGUACUUCUUUGUUUUUCCCCAUGUUGGUUUGUGUCGUUGGCUCACUCUCACUAGUUCAUGGCGUACUCACCCUGGCUGUCUUAAAUGUAUCUAGCUGCAUUUACGACCCAGCCUGGACGUAUCUGACUGCAAUGCGACCAUCAAUAAGUAAAAAGGUCCUAGUGUGAGUAUGUCUUCAUUGGGAAUACAUGCACCCAUGCACCCAAAAGUGAUCCAGUGACUGAUGUAUGUACGGUCGCUACGUGUGACUUUCUUGACCUCCCAAGGAUGUCCCUAUUUGACCUGUAAAGUCCGAAUGGGGAAAACGCACCUUUUUUGUUAUUUUCCUGACACAGGCAGCCUGCACCUGUGCUUCGAGGGCAAGGCUGCAGUAGUACAGUCGAAGAUAGACCUUGUAUUGCAAUGGGGCAAACCAUCCACAAUAAAUUAUGAAUGAACUG